AUGAAUGAUGAUGAAAUACAUAGAAGACAGGACAGACAGAUAGAAAGACUCAUACAAAGACUAGAGGAAAACUCAGAUUUCUUGUCAAAUACUACUAAGAAUUCCAUCAAGAAUAAAGUUGAUAAAUUUCACAAAGAUGUAAAGAUUAAGUUGAAAGAAAAGCAUGUAGUCAUUCUCACUGAAGUCAAUUAUCUGAAAUGGAAGAGCUCUAUUCUUGCAGAUUUAGCUACUCAUGUCACUAUCACUACAACUCAUCUCAACUCAUCUGCCGUGAAUGCUCUUACUGAAUGA